UAAAGAAAGGGCCAAUACUUUGCAUUCGACGUACACGUCAAAUAGAUUGGAAGUAAGUAGUUAUAAGAGGGUCGUGACGCAAUCUCACCUCGUUACAGUUCCAUGGCUGUCUUUCCUCGUGUUUUGACAUGAUUGGAUACGAGUCGCCAAGUCGUUAUUGGUUUACCGUCAUACGUCAUCCGAAAUAUUGGGAAGGCAUGGUUUGAAUGGAGUUUCUUUGGCUGCAUGUUUUUUUUUUUGGCAGAAACCUCGUGAGCUAUAUAGAAUGCAAUCAUUCACAAUUAUAUUGUGUAGAGGGAGUCUUGGCGUCUGUUGGUGAUCCUUACGACCUUCCUGGGUUGUGGGCGAGACUUCGAUCCGUUGAGGACAUGACCAAUUGAGUGAACCUGACAGAUAGAUUGAUUCUUUUUCAGAUUGCCAGCACAACCUUUAGCCGUCAUUGGUUAUCACUUUGCUAGAGGUUAGGAACAUCUGGCAUGAUAGAAAAGAAAUUGUAACCAUUAGUGACUGUACGUAGAUGACGCAAAAUGCCACAGAUGAUUUAAUAGGUGUUUGCCAAUCGGUCCCAGUGUGGUUCUAACAAGGAAAAAAGUUAAUUAUGCACAAAAUUAGUUAGCGAACGAAAUAUUAUUUUGGCCUUGUGCUACUUAUAGUCACUUCAAGAUAAGGUAGACCGUAAAUAUUGUACAACACUUCAGGGCCAACUAAUCUUUACGAGCAAAUAAAUCGCAUCUGAUGCCUUUUAUUAUCUAACAGCCUGUAAGCAGAUGGACCUAGACUCGGCCUUGUGUCUUCGCACAAGACCAGAACGUAUUGUCCGCUAGUCGUUUCGACAGCUUAAACACUGCAUUACUCUUUUGUUUUGAUAAAAUUAUACUAGAAGCCACAAAAACGAACAAAGAAUUUGUCCUGCAAGUCGAGCCAAAUAAUUCCAAGGAGUUUCUGUGAAUCCGUUCAUCUUUCAAGAACUGUCAAACGUGGCAGGAAAAAAGACGAUUGCAAACUGAUGGCCCUACUUUUAAACAAUGAGAUUUGAGAAUAAGUGUACCUAUGGGGUUGAAAGAGUCUCGGGACUAAAGGAUUCAAUGGGCAGAACAUCACCUUGGGAGAAUGUGUAGAACUCAAAGCAGACGAUUGUUGAAAAUUAUCUCACGAGUCCACCGUAGAGGGGGUCUUCUAGUUUUCCCAGAUUAGCAGUUCGUUACUCUGGUGUUUCUCGUCAUUCUCACUAGCGAAAAUCAAAGUCUUCAUUGUUUAGUAGAGUCUGAUUGGAAUGACCUCCCCUUACACAAAUCUUGCGAUUAUUCAUCGGGGAGUUUUCCGUGCUUCCAAAUGUAUUCCGGUCGUCCAAUUGCAAGACCUUCUUCGUGCACUGCGUGCCUCUAUUCCAUGUGAAAUUGCACCGAAUGUUUCUGAGAAUCUUGAUUCAGGAAAAAUUCGUGGAAUUCAUUGGCUACAAAUAUUAUUCGAGUGUUUGCAAUCACAUCAGGCUCUCUUCAUUACGAGAAAUACAACUGAAGGAGAAGGGAACAUGUCGAGUCCAGUAAAUUGUUACCUUUUCUGCUUGUUGGUGGUUCUUUCGUUUUCUGCACGUCUGCUUGCCAAAGAUCCGGACUGUCCAUUUGGCAGCCCGAAAAUAGAUCUUGAAGAUCCUGAUGGUCGGUGCGAUCGUUUCUGGCUCUGCGAGGAUGGCAUGACUUCCGACAUGUUUUGUCCAUCAGGAAAAGGUUUUAAUCCUGCAAGUAAAAAAUGUGACGACAAAGCUCUUUGUUUGAGUGAUCCAUCAGCAGCUGCAUCCGAAAGGCCGGCCGGUCUCGCUCGUAUCGCGGAUAUCUUGGUAACGAAAUCGAUGCCAAAUCCAACCGACCAGUAGUGACAAGAAAUUUAAUGGACUUGCAACUUUGUCGUCAUUAUUUACACCAUUGAUUCUUCCACUUGUUCGAAUGGUUGCUGGUUAAUGUCUUUUGUUUCGAAAAUGUACGAGUUAAAAUCCA